UCAUUGGCCGAAUUAGAACAAACACGUUUCAAAAUUUGUAGUGAUUCUAAUGACCGAACGAAAUUUGCGGCACCAAUUUCUGCUGUUUUCGCGCUUGCACAAGACGAUAUCUCUCCAUCAGAUUAAUAAAUGGUUCAAUCAGGGGGAAGUAUUCGAUAAAAAAACCACCACUGCUGACACUGAAACUAUUUUCAAUAAAUUCAAGUAAAUGCCGGCGAUAUUUUACGUUGAUUCCUGCACGAGAUGAUGUUUCAGUCGGUCUCGGAUUGAGUUCGAGGAUUUCGAAAAUUUCCUAACGGAUUUUGCCGAGCAGAAUAAAAUCUAUAUUGUAGAAUUGGAGCGGAAAUUGCUAACAUGUGGUGUCCCCAACCCCAACAAGACGAUUACCUGUUUUAGUCAAAAUUGACGUAACGUUUGCCAAAUUCUCAGUAUGAAUAACCAGCUGGAAAAAGAGCUGCGCAGGCAAUUCAUCCUGUUUUCUGCACUAAAUAAAACCAUCGCUGUGCCCCAACUUAACAAAUGGUUCAAGCAAGCGGGCGUGUUUGACGAGUUUAUCACCCAUGCGGAAAUUGAAAAGACUUUUAGUCACAUGAGGUGGCAUCAGAUUGAUUAUAAGACUUUUCUGCAGCUUCUCCAGUAUUUAUUUGAAACAAAGAACAAAAUUCGGCCCUUGCACUACUAUGUGGAGAAGCUGACCUCCUGCGGCCCUCCCAGCUCUUUAAAAAUGACCCAGGUUCCUAACGUGGAAGCACUAAAUAACUCCGCCUGGAGCAAGCUGAAAUAAGUUUUUUUGUUGGACUAAUUUUUACAAUAUAGUUUAUUGAAAAAAAUC